AGUGCUAAAGGAGCCCGGCGGAGGCAGCGGUGGGUUUGGGACUGAGGAGCCAGAUCUGUGGUCGCGGCUGGGAACGUACGUCGGCGCCACCAUCUUCAGCUGAAGAGGUGAUUACUCUUGGAUUCUUCUGCUUACAAUGGCGCAAAGAACUGGACUUGAAGAUCCUGAGAGAUAUCUCUUUGUGGAUAGGGCUGUCAUCUACAACCCUGCCACUCAAGCUGAUUGGACGGCUAAAAAGUUAGUUUGGAUUCCAUCAGAACGCCAUGGCUUUGAGGCAGCUAGUAUCAAAGAAGAGCGAGGAGAUGAAGUUAUGGUUGAGCUGGCUGAGAAUGGAAAGAAAGCAAUGGUCAACAAAGAUGAUAUUCAGAAGAUGAACCCACCUAAGUUUUCCAAGGUGGAGGAUAUGGCAGAAUUGACGUGCUUGAACGAAGCCUCUGUUUUACAUAAUCUGAAGGAUCGCUACUAUUCAGGGCUCAUCUAUACUUAUUCUGGACUCUUCUGUGUAGUCAUAAAUCCUUACAAAAAUCUUCCAAUUUACUCUGAGAAUAUUAUUGAAAUGUACAGAGGGAAGAAACGCCAUGAGAUGCCUCCGCACAUCUACGCCAUAUCUGAAUCUGCUUACAGAUGCAUGCUCCAAGAGAGAGAGGAUACCUCUGCAAUGUGCUAGGGUGAGUCAGGGGCUGGGAAGACAGAAAAUACGAAGAAAGUCAUCCAGUACCUUGCUCAUGUUGCUUCUUCACAUAAAGGAAGAAAGGACCACAACAUUCCUCAGGAAUCGCCUAAACCAGUGAAACACCAGGGGGAACUUGAACGGCAGCUUUUGCAAGCGAACCCAAUUCUGGAAUCAUUUGGAAAUGCGAAGACUGUGAAAAAUGAUAACUCAUCUCGUUUUGGCAAGUUUAUUCGGAUCAACUUUGAUGUAACUGGCUAUAUCGUUGGGGCCAACAUUGAAACGUACCUUCUAGAAAAGUCUCGUGCUGUUCGUCAAGCAAAAGAUGAGCGUACUUUUCAUAUCUUUUACCAGUUGUUAUCUGGAGCAGGUGAACACCUGAAGUCUGAUUUGCUCCUUGAGGGAUUUAAUAACUACAGGUUUCUCUCCAAUGGCUAUAUUCCUAUUCCGGGACAGCAAGACAAAGAUAACUUCCAGGAAACCAUGGAAGCGAUGCAUAUAAUGGGCUUCUCUCAUGAAGAAAUUUUGUCAAUGCUUAAAGUGGUAUCUUCAGUGCUUCAGUUUGGAAAUAUUUCUUUCAAAAAGGAGAGGAAUACGGAUCAAGCUUCCAUGCCAGAAAAUACAGUUGCACAGAAACUCUGCCACCUUCUUGGGAUGAAUGUGAUGGAGUUUACUCGGGCUAUACUUACCCCCCGGAUCAAGGUCGGCCGAGACUACGUGCAGAAAGCCCAGACCAAAGAACAACUGAACUCCUUCGAGCAGCUGUGCAUCAACUACACCAACGAGAAGCUGCAGCAGCUCUUCAACCACACCAUGUUCAUCCUGGAGCAGGAGGAGUACCAGCGCGAGGGCAUCGAGUGGAACUUCAUCGACUUCGGGUUAGACCUGCAGCCGUGCAUUGACUUGAUAGAGAGACCCGCUAACCCCCCUGGUGUGCUGGCCCUUUUGGAUGAAGAGUGCUGGUUCCCUAAAGCCACUGAUAAAACGUUUGUUGAAAAACUGGUUCAAGAGCAAGGUUCCCACUCCAAGUUUCAGAAACCUCGGCAACUGAAGGACAAAGCUGAUUUUUGCAUUAUACAUUAUGCGGGGAAGGUGGACUACAAGGCAGAUGAGUGGCUGAUGAAGAACAUGGACCCUCUCAAUGACAAUGUGGCCACCCUUUUGCACCAGUCCUCAGACAGAUUUGUGGCAGAGCUUUGGAAAGACGAGAUUCAGAAUAUUCAGAGAGCUUCUUUCUAUGACAGUGUUUCUGGUCUUCAUGAGCCACCAGUGGACCGUAUUGUGGGUCUGGACCAAGUCACCGGUAUGACCGAGACUGCGUUUGGCUCUGCAUAUAAAACCAAGAAGGGCAUGUUCCGUACCGUCGGACAACUCUACAAAGAGUCUCUCACCAAGCUGAUGGCCACUCUUCGGAACACCAACCCUAACUUUGUUCGCUGCAUCAUUCCGAAUCAUGAGAAGCGAGCUGGAAAACUGGACCCACAUCUAGUGCUGGAUCAGCUUCGCUGCAAUGGAGUCCUGGAGGGGAUCAGAAUCUGCCGCCAGGGCUUCCCAAACCGGAUCGUUUUCCAGGAAUUCAGACAGAGAUAUGAGAUCCUAACUCCAAAUGCUAUUCCUAAAGGAUUUAUGGAUGGCAAACAGGCUUGUGAGCGAAUGAUCCGAGCUUUAGAACUGGACCCUAACUUGUACAGGAUUGGACAGAGCAAGAUAUUUUUCAGAGCUGGUGUUUUGGCACACUUAGAGGAAGAAAGAGAUUUAAAAAUUACUGAUAUCAUCAUCUUCUUCCAGGCUGUUUGCAGAGGUUACCUAGCCAGAAAGGCCUUUGCCAAGAAGCAGCAACAGCUGAGUGCCUUGAAGGUCCUGCAGCGGAACUGUGCCGCGUACCUGAAACUGCGGCACUGGCAGUGGUGGCGCGUCUUCACGAAGGUGAAGCCUCUCCUACAAGUGACUCGCCAGGAGGAAGAGCUCCAGGCCAAAGAUGAGGAGCUGUUGAAGGUGAAGGAGAAGCAAACAAAGGUGGAAGGCGAGCUUGAGGAGAUGGAGCGGAAGCAUCAACAGCUUUUAGAAGAGAAGAAUAUCCUUGCAGAGCAACUGCAAGCAGAGACAGAGCUCUUUGCUGAAGCAGAAGAGAUGCGGGCAAGACUGGCUGCGAAGAAGCAGGAGCUGGAGGAGAUUCUGCACGACCUGGAGUCCAGGGUUGAAGAGGAGGAAGAAAGAAACCAAAUCCUCCAAAAUGAAAAGAAAAAAAUGCAGGCACAUAUUCAGGACCUAGAAGAGCAGCUGGAUGAGGAAGAAGGUGCGCGGCAGAAGCUGCAGCUGGAGAAGGUCACAGCGGAGGCCAAGAUCAAGAAGAUGGAGGAGGAGAUCCUGCUUCUGGAGGACCAGAAUUCCAAGUUUAUUAAAGAAAAGAAACUCAUGGAAGAUCGCAUUGCUGAGUGUUCUUCGCAGCUGGCUGAAGAGGAGGAAAAGGCAAAGAACUUGGCCAAAAUCAGGAACAAGCAAGAAGUGAUGAUCUCAGAUUUAGAAGAACGCUUAAAGAAGGAAGAGAAGACUCGUCAGGAACUGGAAAAGGCCAAAAGGAAACUGGACGGUGAAACUACGGACCUGCAGGACCAGAUUGCAGAGCUCCAAGCCCAGAUCGACGAGCUGAAGAUCCAGCUGGCCAAGAAGGAGGAGGAGCUUCAGGGCGCCCUGGCCAGAGGUGAUGAUGAAACACUUCAUAAGAAUAAUGCACUUAAAGUCAUGCGAGAACUACAAGCCCAAAUCGCUGAACUUCAAGAAGACUUUGAAUCUGAGAAGGCAUCACGGAACAAGGCAGAAAAACAGAAAAGGGACUUGAGUGAGGAACUGGAAGCUCUGAAAACGGAGCUGGAGGACACGCUGGACACGACUGCAGCCCAACAGGAACUCCGUACAAAACGUGAGCAGGAAGUGGCUGAGCUGAAGAAGGCUCUUGAGGAAGAAACUAAGAACCAUGAGGUGCAAAUCCAGGACAUGAGGCAGAGACACGCCACGGCCCUGGAGGAGCUCUCCGAGCAGCUGGAGCAGGCGAAACGGUUCAAAGCAAAUCUGGAGAAGAAUAAACAGGGCCUGGAGACAGAUAACAAGGAGCUGGCCUGUGAGGUGAAGGUCCUGCAGCAGGUCAAGGCCGAAUCUGAACACAAGAGGAAGAAACUUGAUGCCCAGGUCCAGGAGCUCCACGCCAAAGUCUCAGAAGGAGACAGAUUAAGGGUGGAACUGGCUGAGAAAGCAAAUAAGUUACAGGUAAGCCCAGAAAAUCUUUACUCUGGACAUACCCCUAGAAGUGUAUGGGUGACGAAGGAGUUUGAAGCAAUAUUUGUUGACCUUUUUUAAAAAAACAAACAGGAGCUUCUUCAGGAGGAAACACGCCAAAAACUGAACCUGAGCAGUCGGAUCCGGCAGCUGGAGGAGGAGAAGAACGGUCUGCAGGAGCAGCAGGAGGAGGAGGAGGAGGCCCGGAAGAAUCUGGAGAAGCAGGUGUUAGCCCUGCAGUCCCAGUUGACUGAUACCAAGAAGAGGGUAGAUGAUGACUUGGGAACAAUUGAAAGUUUGGAAGAAGCCAAAAAGAAGCUUCUCAAAGACGUGGAGGCACUGAGCCAGCGUCUGGAGGAGAAGGCUUUGGCUUAUGACAAGCUGGAGAAGACCAAGAACCGCCUGCAGCAGGAGCUGGAUGACCUGACGGUCGACCUGGACCACCAGCGCCAGAGCGUCUCCAACUUGGAGAAGAAGCAGAAGAAGUUCGACCAGCUGUUAGCAGAGGAGAAGAACAUCUCUGCUCGCUAUGCAGAGGAGCGGGACCGUGCGGAAGCAGAGGCCCGGGAGAAGGAGACCAAGGCCCUGUCCCUGGCCCGGGCUCUCGAGGAAGCCCUGGAGGCCAAGGAAGAGUUUGAGCGGCAGAGCAAGCAGCUGCGUGCGGACAUGGAGGACCUGAUCAGCUCCAAGGACGAUGUGGGCAAGAACGUUCAUGAACUUGAAAAAUCCAAACGGGCCCUAGAGCAGCAGGUGGAGGAAAUGAGGACCCAACUGGAGGAGCUGGAAGAUGAGCUUCAGGCUACAGAAGAUGCCAAGCUUCGCCUGGAGGUCAACAUGCAGGCCAUGAAGGCCCAGUUUGAGAGGGACCUGCAGACCAGAGACGAGCAGAAUGAGGAGAAGAAGAGGCUGCUGAUUAAGCAGGUCCGGGAGCUGGAGGCAGAGCUGGAGGAUGAGCGUAAACAGCGGGCUCUUGCUGUUGCGUCAAAGAAGAAAAUGGAAAUCGACCUGAAAGACCUUGAAGCCCAAAUCGAGGCUGCGAACAAAGCUCGAGAUGAAGUGAUCAAGCAGCUUCGCAAACUGCAGGCUCAGAUGAAAGAUUACCAACGUGAAUUAGAAGAAGCUCGUGCCUCCCGGGAUGAGAUUUUUGCUCAAUCCAAAGAGAGCGAGAAGAAAUUGAAGAGUCUGGAAGCAGAAAUACUUCAGUUGCAGGAGGAACUUGCCUCAUCCGAGCGUGCCCGCCGACAUGCCGAGCAGGAAAGGGAUGAGCUGGCCGAUGAGAUCGCCAACAGUGCUUCUGGCAAGUCCGCACUGCUGGACGAGAAGCGGCGCCUGGAGGCCCGGAUCGCACAGCUGGAGGAGGAGCUGGAAGAGGAGCAGAGCAACAUGGAACUGCUCAAUGAUCGUUUCCGCAAGACAACUCUGCAGGUGGACACACUCAACGCAGAGCUGGCGGCCGAGCGCAGUGCUGCCCAGAAGAGUGACAAUGCGCGCCAGCAGCUGGAGCGGCAGAACAAGGAGCUAAAGGCCAAGCUGCAGGAGCUGGAGGGUGCUGUCAAGUCCAAGUUCAAGGCCACCAUCUCAGCCCUGGAAGCCAAGAUAGGGCAGCUGGAGGAACAGCUGGAGCAGGAAGCCAAGGAACGAGCCGCCGCCAAUAAACUAGUGCGUCGUACCGAGAAGAAGCUAAAGGAAAUCUUCAUGCAGGUUGAAGAUGAGCGUCGGCAUGCAGAUCAGUAUAAAGAACAGAUGGAGAAGGCCAAUGCCAGGAUGAAGCAGCUUAAACGUCAGUUGGAGGAAGCAGAAGAAGAAGCUACACGUGCCAACGCAUCUCGGCGUAAACUCCAGCGGGAACUGGACGAUGCCACCGAGGCCAACGAGGGCCUGAGCCGCGAAGUCAGCACCCUCAAGAACCGGUUGAGGAUCUGA